GUGCUACUUUGGAGUACAUCCCUCAUGGCCAACUUGCAAACGCCCACUUAACUUCAAAUUUGCGAACGCUGAAAUUAGAGCAGGACAUUGUGCCUGCUCAGGAGGAGAGGAAGACUCCCCUGGUGGAAGCUGUUCGGGGAAGGAAGUCCUUUUCUUCUCAGGACAAAACUCUCGCUCCAAUUAACCUGACAGAUGACCAGCUUGCUUCUGGCCUCUAUGUAUGUACUAAUAAUGAAAACACACUCAAAUCUAUCAUGAAGAAAAGGGAUGGGAAGAAGGAUUUGAACAACACCAAGAAGAACUUGCAGUUUGUUGGCAUUAAUGGCGGGUACGAGACGACAUCCAGCGAUGACUCCAGCUCUGAGGAGAGCUCCUCGUCAGAUUCGGAGGAGGAGAGCGAGGGCCACGAGUACCCCUGCAGCCGGCUCACAGAGGAGGGGCGGCCUGCCUCAGAGCUCUGUGCCAUGGGGGCAGAGAAGGACAGCAGCCCCCCAGAGUGCGAGGCCGAGGAGGUGGAAAUCAGAGAGAGAUACGAACUAAGUGAAAAGAUGCUUUCUGCCUGUCAUCUGCUGAGAAACAACAUUGAUGACCCCAAGGCAUUGACCAACAAAGAUGUGAGGUUCUGUUUAAAUACCAUCCAGCAUGAGUGGUUUCGUAUCUCAAGUCAGAAGUCGGCUGUCCCUGAAAUGGUUGGUGACUACAUAACUGCAUUUGAAGAUAUUUCUCCUGCUGUCCUCAGACAUAUCAUCAAUAUGGCAGAUGGAAAUGGAAACACGGCUCUGCAUUACAGUGUCUCACAUUCUAACUUUGAAAUUGUAAAGCUUCUUCUGGAUGCAAAUGUCUGUAACGUAAAUCAUCAGAACAAGGCAGGCUAUACCCCCAUCAUGCUUGCUGCGCUUGCAGCUGUGGAAGCGGAGAAGGACAUGGGGAUAGUGGAGGAGCUGUUCAGCUGUGGGGACGUGAAUGCUAAAGCCAGUCAGGCUGGUCAGACCGCACUGAUGCUAGCUGUGAGUCAUGGGCGGAUAGACAUGGUUAAAGCUUUACUGGCAUGUGGUGCAGACGUCAAUAUCCAGGACGACGAAGGCUCUACAGCUCUAAUGUGUGCUAGCGAACACGGACAUGUAGAGAUUGUCAAACUUCUGCUGGCUCAGCCUGGGUGUAAUGGCACCCUGGAGGACAAUGAUGGCAGUACAGCACUCUCAAUAGCCCUGGAAGCUGGACAUAAGGACAUAGCAGUUCUCCUUUAUGCCCAUGUCAACUUUUCCAAAACCCAGUCACCGGGUACUCCUAGGCUCAGCAGAAAGACAUCUCCUGGUCCCACGCACAGAGCCACAUUUGAGUAGUAGUGCAUGAAUAUCUAUAAAAAUCUCUAUGCCAUCUUUAAGCUGCUAAAUGUUACUGUUUUACUGAGACAGAUACUGAAUGUAAUUGUCUUGUGCCUGAACUCACCAGCAAAGUGAAAGCAGAGAUCUAGUGCUAAAGAUAGAAAACUGUAAACUUGAAGCAAGAAUAUAGUUAAGUAGUGCUCAGCUGAGAAUCUUAGCCAGAACUGUGCUUUUGCUCACCUACUUGUCUUUCCGUACAUUGGCAUAAAUCCUGUUUUUCUUUGCUAUAGAUUAUCCUUUCCUAUGUUAUGUGCAGCCUAAGGCUUCUAAAGCUAUCCAUGCAGGAGUGUCCCAGUGGCUUGUUUUUAAUAAUUCUAAAACAUGCUUAUAUUUACUGUGCCUAGACUUUAUCACAGAAAACUUUCAUAAAUUUCAUUCCAACAUUAUUUUGAUGUUUUUAAUUACUUUGAAAUUCAGAAGUUGCAGUUGCUUAUAUAGUCAGCUCCGUGGAUCCCGAGCUGGUGGGUGAGUGGGUAGGUAUUGGGGAUAGAUCCUCUUGUCAGGUCUGAAGUUCACUAAGUAAGUUUUUGCUAAUUGGGGAUAAUGUAUAACUUUUUAUAUGAAAGAUACUAGUAUCUAUAAAAUUAACUCGCACAGUGUUUUCAACAUUUUAUAUUCCUUAAUAAUUAAAAGCUACAUGAAGAAUUACAUGUCCUGUUACCAUAUUUUUAUUAACUGUGUCAGUGUAUAAGCUCCAUACAUGUUUAUUGGAGAGUAAAAUUAGAGGUACCA